AUGUACCCGGUCCCCGGCCUCUCCCAGAGUUCGCAGAGUUAUCAGCACUCGAACGAAGAUUAUCUAUGCGCGCCCGCGCCUAUUGGAGCCCCCGGAGUAUGCCCCCCGCAGAGAUGGGUCCCUCAACUACCUUCCAACGUCGGUUUUCCGGAGCCUCCCUUUGACGGAUUGCCUUGCCGGACCUCCGCAAUGUCUGAGGUGCCCGUGCGCGCGCCAGCCCCGACUCGUCGUGUGCCGCCCCCCGUCCACAUCGAAAUCCCGUCGUCGACGUCGGACGCGUCCCCCUCACCUGCUCCCUCAUCCUCGGCCUCCGCGCCCCGCAAGACGACCUCCAGACGCCAUAAGGACGACCCCAACUACGUGCCCCGCCCGCCCAACGCCUACAUCCUCUUCCGCAAAGACUAUGCGGCCAAGAUCCACAAGUCGACGGAGAGCGACCAGCGCAAGAUCAGCGAGAUCGUGACUGCGGCGUGGAAGGCGGCGUCCGAGGCCACCAAGGCGUACUACAAGCAGCGGCAGCUCGAGGAGAAGGAGGCGCACCUCGCCGCGUACCCGGACUACAAGUACAAGCCGCGCCCGCGCGGCCCUGUGCAGCGCCGGAAGACGAACAGGAACAACACGUACGAGGAGGCGCGCUGCAAGCUCCUCGCGGAGCUCGUCGAGCAGAAGUACGAGGGCGAGGAGCUGGAGGCGGAGUUGGCGAAGUACGAGCCGGAGCUGAGGAAGAUGUACCCGGUCGAGGAGCCGGCGGCGGGCAAGAAAAAGAGGAAGGCCCGUGCUGUGCGUGGUGUCGAGCGUCAGGCGCCGUUCGCGAGGACGGUGCCAUCGUCGAGCGAUGCGCAUGCGUCUCAGCCCCAGCCCAUGGCCUCCACACCUACCUGCCAUUACCAGACGGCGCCCCAGUACGCCGACCCAUCAUUCCGCUGGGCACCCAGCGGACCGCAGCCCUACCUGCCCCCUCCGCCGGCUGCCUAUGAGUGGCAGGCGCGCACCCCGCCUGUCGAUAUCAGCGCUCGCGAUCAGUCCGAUCCCGGCAGCCUCUCCUCGCCCGCGACCUCGGCGUACUCCACCCCCUCCACCCCGCCGGACUCAGCGAUCGCCUAUCCGCCCUACGGGCAUGCGUUUCCCGUCUCCCCCUUGUCGCUGCCACACACAGUGCAUCCAUCUGUCGAUCAGACGUACGCCUGCCAACAAACGGAGUGCUCCAACGAGUUCCAGCACGCCAACGAAGGCCGCGAUCCCGGGCAUAUUCAACACUACUGGCAAGUGAGCUUGUACCCGCGCGACGUCCUCUUGUGCGAAAGCGAUGUGCCAGAAGUCCCGCCCUGGUACACCUGGUCAGCGAAUGUGCCCCAGCCCGAGCCCCAGCACACGGAGAAGACGUACCACGGCGGAUACCAGUAG